AUGUCGUCGGUGCAGCUCUCUGGUGCUGGAGUCGCGGCUGUGGCCUUCACGAACAAGGGCCUAGUCUCUCAGCCUGCAGCGCUCCGGGUCUGCUCGCCGAGGCGCUCGGUCCGUAGCCUGGUCGUGAAGGCUGCCACCGUCGUCACCCCAAAGUACACUUCACUGAAGCCUCUGGGAGAUAGGGUGCUUGUGAAGCUCGGUGCUGCCGAGGAGAAGACAGUUGGUGGCAUCUUGCUUCCAUCUACCGCGCAGACUAAACCGCAAGGAGGUGAGGUUGUUGCUGUUGGAGAGGGAAGGACCAUUGGGGACAAGAAAGUAGCGGUUGAUAUAAAGACUGGAGCACAAGUAGUAUACUCAAAGUAUGCUGGGACUGAGGUCGAAUUCAAUGACUCAAAGCAUCUUAUUCUCAAAGAAGACGAUAUCAUUGGUAUUCUGGAGACAGAUGAUGUGAAGGAUAUGAAGCCUCUCAAUGACCGUGUUCUCAUCAAGGUUGCAGAAGCUGAAGACAAAACUCCUGGGGGUCUUAUCCUCACUGAAACAACUAAAGAGAAGCCAUCCAUCGGAACGGUUGUAGCUGUUGGCCCGGGUCCUCUGGACGAGGAAGGCAAGAGGCAGCCACUGUUAGUGCAUGCGGGCAGCACGGUACUGUACUCCAAGUAUGCAGGGAGCGAGUUCAAGGGCGCUGAUGGCACGGGCUACAUCGUGUUGAGAGCAUCGGAUGUGAUGGCUGUCCUGUCUUGA